AUGGGAGCCCCUCUCAAAUUCCAUUUCCUUCUCUGCUUCACUCUGAUUCUUGCAUCCUCAAUUCUAUGUAAAUCUGCUUCGGAUGAUGGCUUCACAGUGGAGCUGGUCCACCGGGACUCGCCAAGGUCCCCAUACUACAACCCGGCCGACACCCCGUACCAACGUAUGGCCAAUGCAUUUCGCCGAUCCAUUUCCCGCGUCGACCGCCUCAACCCGAACUCUGUUGCCAAACCGGAUACGCCCUCCUCGGUGCUCGUCUCGAACAAUGGGGAGUACCUUCUGAACCUCACGCUCGGGACCCCACCCGUGACCAUCGUGGGGAUCGCCGACACGGGGAGCGACCUCAUAUGGACGCAGUGCAAGCCGUGCACGGAUUGCUUUAAGCAAGCAGCCCCGCUUUUCGAUCCUCGCAAGUCCUCCACGUACAAGGACAUCUCGUGCCACUCGUCGCAGUGCGGAGUGAUCGACCAAACCUUCUGCGACGGACGAGCUGGGGUUUGCGGGUAUGCCUACACUUAUGGUGAUAAUACAUUCACUUUGGGAACCCUAGCCACAGAGACCUUGACCAUGGGGUCCUCCUCGGGCCAGCCUGCGAUCUUCCCCAAGACGAUCUUUGGGUGUGGACACCACAACAGCGGGAACUUCGAUGAUCGCCUGAGCGGAAUCAUCGGGCUCGGGGGUGGCAGCACCUCACUUAUAUCCCAAAUGGGGAAAGCCACUGGCGGGAAAUUUUCCUAUUGCUUGGUGCCCUACUCGGAUCACGGAAUCUCUAGCAAAUUGAACUUCGGGGCCAAUGCCGUGGUCACCGGCAGCGGCGUCAUCUCGACUCCUCUAAUCCAGAAGGACACAAAGACUUUCUACUACGUGACCCUAGAAGCGGUAAGUGUCGGCAAGACGAGGAUAGAAUUCACCUCCGGCAACAGUUCCACUUCCGGGGAAGAAGGAAACAUCAUCAUUGACUCGGGCACGACCUUCACGCUGCUGCCUCAAGAUUUCUAUACCAAGAUUGAAGCCGCCAUGGUGAAGUCCGUGAAAUUGCCCCGCGUCAGAGACCCAUCUCAUUUCUCUAGCCUUUGUUACAAGGCCAAGAAAGAUGUCCGGCUCAGCAUUCCUACCGUGACGUUCCAUUUCAAGGGCGCGGACGUGAGGCUGAAUUCAGUGAACUCCUUUGUCCGAGUUGUCGACAACGUCAUAUGCUUCAUGGUGAUCCCAACCCCGAUCCAGAUGACUAUCUACGGCAACUUGGUGCAGACGAACUACUUGAUCGGAUACGACACUCAGAAUAUGAAGUUGUCCUUCAAGCCUGUUGAUUGCACCUUGCACUGA